AAGAAGAAGACACUUUCCCUUCAUCGGAUCGUUGUUUACAUCAAACGGAGAGUUACAGAGGAAGUAUCUUUUAUAAGGUUGAAUGAAAUGGAUUGUAAUCUUAUUGCUACGUCUGUGAAGUUGUAAGAAGAAUGGAAAAGCGAAUUGAAAACAUUAUACAGUUCUAUCUCUGCAGUCAUCUACCUAUGAUGCCCGUAGUAUUGGUUUGGUAUCGGUAACUACCGGUACAAUCAGCGGCCACUUGUCUGCAUUUUCAAUACUAUUUUUUACAAUCGUAUCUAUUUUAAUGCAUACUAUCUCUUAUAUUCGUGCUUUGUUGUAUGUUGUAAGACGUCUGUCAACACCUCAUUUGGCCGCCUCUCGUUCCAGUACUCUGCUGCCUGUGACUGGAACGAAUUGCAAAAAUCGCUGAAGUUGGAGACUUUUUUCUCCCUCACCAACUUCAAACAUCAGCUAUCUGAGCAGCUAACCGAUCGCUGCAGCUGUACAUAGUCUAUUGGUAUGAACCCUUGGACAAACAGGUACCUCCUGCCUCAUGUUCGGCCCCUGUCCCUGGUGAUCUACCCCAGGCCCUCUUGUAUCCACCCCAGGCUUCUGAACUUGCCCCAGUGGGGCGAAGACCAGCAGAAGAGGGUGAACUCCUUCCUGUCUCCAAGUUCUGCCUCUGAAUGUGCUGGGUGGAUAAGUUCAGUGAUGUUCCACAGUGCAAGACGUUCUACCUGAAGAAGACAACUCCAAAUCUCCCAGGUAUUUUGGUUGGUGGGACAGUCCAGGACCAGAACCGCUACAAGCCGAUCUGCCAGUUGUUCAACAACACCUACAGGUUUGCAACUCUCUACGACACGACCAACAGGAUCCCUGUGUUCUCAGCCUACACCUUCACUGGUUCUCCUACAGACCCCAGACCAAGUCAGUCCUGGAUGAUAGAGCCUCAGCUCGAAGAUGAAAUGGAGGUGGAAAAUGCAGCUGUCACACACCAGGCUGCGGAUGCAGACUACAAAAAUAAAAACCUGACUCUGGUCAGAGGUCAACUAUUCCCAAAUUCCCAAGCAUCUGAUAAUGAUACCUGGAUUUCCACUUUCACCCUGACAAACUCCGUUCCCCAGGACUCCACCUUCAAGGACAGAUGGAAGACAAUGGAGCACAACGUCAAAAAUAUUAUUGAGACGGACUGUAUUAAUAACAACGGGAAUAUAGAAGCCUAUGUAGUGACUGGAGCAGUUCCCAGUGACAACAGCAACAACACACUGAACAACAGAGUGAACAUCCCAGAUCUCCUGUGGACAGCCUACUGCUGUUACAACAACAAGCUGAGAAAGUGGGUGGCCCGAGCACACUGGGGUAAUAACAGAAAUGAUUCAACAGUGACCCCAGUAAACUUGGAAGCACUCGAAAAGGUGUUGAAAAAGAAAAAGAGUGGUCAUGUCCAGGUGUUCCCAAAGAAUUGUCCAAGACGUCAUGAACUACCCCCUACCCCUACUCCCUACCACCAACCCCUACUCCCUACCACCAACCCCUACCCCCUACCACUAACCCCUACUCCCUACCACUAACCCCUACCCCUAACCCUACCACUACCCCCUACCACUACCCCCUAACCCUACCCCCUACUCCCUACCACUAACCCCUACCCCCUAACACUAACCCCUAACCCUACCCCCUACCACUAACCCCUACCCCCUAACCCUACCACUAACCCCUACCCCUAACCCCUACUCCCUACCACUAACCCCUACCCCUACCCCCUACCACUAACCCCUACCACUAACCCCUACCCCUAACCCUACCACUAACCCCUACUACUCACCCCUACCCCCUAACCCUACCACUAACCCCUACCACUAACCCCUAACCACUAACCCUACCACUAACCCCUAACCCUACCACUACCCCCUACUCCCUACCACUACCCCCUACUCCCUACCACUAACCCCUACCCCUACCCCCUACUCCCUACCACUACCCCCUACUCCCUACCACUAACCCCUACUCCCUACCACUACCCCCUACCACUAACCCCUACCCCUACCACUACCCCCUACUCCCUACCACUAACCCCUAACCCUACCACUACCCCCUACUCCCUACCACUAACCCCUAACCCUACCACUACCCCCUACUCCCUACCACUAACCCUACCACUACCCCCUACUCCCUACCACUACCCCCUACUACUAACCCCUAACCCUACCACUACCCCCUACUCCCUACCACUACCCCCUACCACAAAGCCCUAACCCCCCAGAUCAGUGUUUAAAAGUUGAUACUCCGACAGCGCUUCCCCUCAAGGAUGGGGGGGAUGAACAUGAUUAUUGUGUCUAUGAUGAAGACUGUGUCUGUUCCUCUGUGGGGGUCAAAGGUUAUUACAGUGCCUUGCGAAAGUAUUCGGCCCCCUUGAACCUUGCGACCUUUUACCACAUUUCAGGCUUCAAACAUAAAGAUAGAAAAAAAAUAUGUUUUGUGAAGAAUCAACAACAAUCAUGAAGUGGAACGACAUUUAUUGGAUAUUUCAAACUUUUAACAAAUCAAAAACUGAAAAAUUGGGCGUGCAAAAUUAUUCAUUAUUAUUAUUCUAUGUAGUUUUAAUGUACUGAACGUUCUCUGUAGUUUUAAUGUACUGAACGUUCUAUUUAGUUUUAAUGUACUGAACGUUCUCUGUAGUUUUAAUGUACUGAACGUUCUAUUUAGUUUUAAUGUACUGAACGUUCUAUUUAGUUUUAAUGUACUGAACGUUCUAUUUAGUUUUAAUGUACUGAACGUUCUAUUUAGUUAAUGUACUGAACGUUCUAUUUAGUUUUAAUGUACUGAACGUUCUCUGUAGUUUUAAUGUACUGAACGUUCUAUUUAGUUUUAAUGUACUGAACGUUCUAUUUAGUUUUAAUGUACUGAACGUUCUAUUUAGUUUUAAUGUACUGAACGUUCUAUUUAGUUUUAAUGUACUGAACGUUCUAUUUAGUUUUAAUGUACUGAACGCAGCCCUGCAUUGUCCGCCUGGUUUCAGUUUAAACUUCCACUGUCACAUGCUUUACUAUAUAAAUCACAUUGUAAUAAAGUAUUUGCAGGUUGACAAUAAAUAGAAUCGGGCCGUGCAGAAUGCUGUGUUGACUAGUGGGCUAGUUCGUCUACGUGUUUGACAUGGGCAGGAGCAGCCCUGCGAGCCGAGGGUGAGAGAAUGACAUGUUCCUUAUUUCAUAUUGUUUCCAUUCCCUUUUCACCAAGUUUAGAAUGAUUAACUAAUAGAAAACAGAAGUGGAAGACUAUUGCAAACACUGAUCCAGAUUACUUUAUAUUCACCACAAGAGGUCGAGAAGAGAGAGAGACAUCCAACAGACCAUUUAAUUCAAAGUAGCGUUUUAUAAACAUGACAAAAUUCAUUAAUUUCUCCUGUCUAUACAGAAAUCAAUAAAAUCAUUGAAAAUAUGUUAGCACACCAGCCAGCAUCAUUUGGCCACAGAUGAUCAUUCUUUAAUUUAUAAAACAUCAGACGUGGAUCAUUUUAAAUCACAGCUUUCAGUUAGAAGGGUCUCAGUUUGUUCGGAAAAUACAAAACAUAGAUGAUUGUUGCAUAGCGACUGUCAGUAAAAAACAGCUAAAACAGGACCAGACAUGUCAUAAUAUUUCACAAUACAAUCAUGGGAAAACAUAGUUUGGAAAGAAAAUGGCUGUUGGUGUAAAGAGAAGACAAUGAAAAUACUCAUCAGUCUUUUAGUGAUCAAAAUUCUCAAUUUGAGUGAAUAGUAGGUUAUUUUAUUGUCCCCAGUAGACAUCAUCAUCCAUAUCCCUGGUGAUGCGCCGGGCGCAUAUUCCAACAGUACCGUCGGGAUCAGGGCCAGCCCUCCCAUUAGACCGUCGCCUGUGGCAGCACCUGAAUUUGAGGCGAUAUUUUGACAAUUGUCUGCCGCCCUCCGUCGCCCCUGUUCGGUCACUACCCCGCCCGCGGCGCCCAGCCACCAGCUCAUAGUGUUGCUACAGUUCCCUCCCCCACCCCAUUCCCCCUUCACUCACACUAUCCUUGGUAGGAAUGGUGAUGUCUGUCUUUAUAUGGGAUUAUCCAAUUGUGAAAUAUGAAUAAAUUAAUCUGCAAAAUAAAUGAUUGUAUUUUGUUUAAGUGUGUUAAGUGUGUUUGUGAGGAAGACGAUUAGUGAUUAAGGCAGUAGCCUAAUUUAAUACGUGUUAUGUACACAUUCUGCCCUUGAGUUGCGUUCCCAUGCAAAACUAGACAGAUAGCCAACAACUAAGUCUUCAAUAAAACUCCCAAAUCGUGA